AUGAUAAGUAAACUUAAGCCCUUAGAUUUUGAGGUGUUGUCUUUGACUACGGUUGCAACGCCCCACAGAGGCUCAGCCUUCGCAGACUAUUGCCUCAAGGUUAUAGGAAAACAGCGAAUCCCGAGAGUAUACAAAGCCCUGGAAACCAUAGGGAUGCAAACUGGGGCCUUCUCUCAGUUAACCACAGAAUAUAUGAUCAAUGAGUUUAACGGGAGCGUACCUAAUGAGGAAUCUGUCAGAUACUUUUCAUAUGGUGCCAUGACUCAGCCUUCACUUUUUUCAAUGUUCCGAGCACCCCACCGGAUUAUAUUGGAGAACGAGGGACCAAACGACGGUCUCGUGUCUGUAUCAUCUGCUCAGUGGGGCGUCUACAAGGGCACCUUAGUGGGUCCAAGUCAUCUUGACAUAAUCAACUGGACGAAUAGAUUAAAGUGGAUAAUACUCGAGGCAACGGGAAGGAGAAAUAAGUUUAAUGCCAUUGCAUUCUAUCUUGCCAUCGCGGACAUGUUAGCAGGAGAAGGCUUGUAGUGGAAGAAUUUCUUUGUGACAAGCCAUGCCAUCCAGUUACCUGCCAGACUCAGGGAGCCUCGUCGGGGAGCAGUAGAAGUGCAAAUAUCUCGAAUAACGGACCCUGGACGAGCUGGAGGUUUACGCAUUCACCAGACUGAGCAAGCAAAGGGGCGAAACGCGUAAGUGGGUGGCUGUGUUUGUGGGAUUCCGGAGGGUGUAAAGUAAAGUAGACCCCGUAUCGGACAGUUGUUCGGUAAUACUUGGGAGUGCCAUGCGUAUGGGAGAAAAGGCUGGAUAACGAGGGCGGGAGGGGAAGAUCGGGCGCAAGAGUUAACAAAGCCCUCUUCCAAGGGCUGGUGAGCUUAUGCGAGUAUCGUUGACGACAAAAUCCCUGCGAUAUCGGUCCGUA